AGUCUCCCAUCCAUCGCUUCCUAUCCUCCUACACAGACACACGCGGAGGGUUUAGCCGCCGGCGCAAGUUUUCUCCUCCUCCGAGUGGAGCGGCGGCGGACUGGUGCGUUAAUCAUGGGCUGCAAAGGGUCCAAGCACGCGCUGCUGGACGGUGCCGGCUGCGGGGCGCGGGCGCCCGAGCCGCUGAGGUGCUCCGGCCUCCUGCCGCGCCACUCCGUCGCGCUCAGCUCCUCCACGCUCGGCACGCUCAGCCUCGACCGCGCCACGGCCGCCGCCGCCGCGGUUUCCUUCGGUGGAGCGGAGGGGCCCUCGAAGCGGCAGAGGCGGGCGCCGCCCAGGACGCCGACCAAGACGCCGGCGCGCGACCCGGAGGAGAUCAACGUGUGGGAGCUCAUGGAAGGCCUCGACUCCGACUCCGACUCCGACGACAACGUGCUGCUGCGUUCCGCGGCCGGAUCGCCCGAGUUCGACGAGGACGUGCUGUCGGCGUUCCGCGACGCGCUCGCCGAGUUCUCGCCGCCUCCCCCAGACGACCCCGUCAAGAAAGAGGAAAUCCAGGUGUUCGCCGGCGUCGUGCGCGCGCGGCUCGACGCGUUCCAGCAGAGGAUCGACGGCGGCGGCAGGCCCGGAAAGAGAUCCUCCGCGCCUUCCCCGUCGCCGCCGCCGGAGAGCGCGCGGCGGGUCGUCCUGUACCUGACGAGCCUCCGCGGCGUCCGGCAGACGCACGAGGACUGCUGGGCGGCGGCCACCAUCCUCGCCGGCUACGGCGUGCGCGUCGACGAGCGCGACCUGUCCAUGCACGCCGGGUACAAGGACGAGCUGCGCGACGCACUCGGCCUUACCGGCGCAGGCAAAGUCGGGCUCCCGCAGGUGUUCGUCGACGGAUGGCACCUGGGCGGCGCCGAGGAGGUCCGGCGCAUGCACGAGUCCGGGGAGCUGGCGGAGGCGCUCGAGGCCUGCGAGCCGGCGCCGGGCGUCGCCGGCGGCGGGAAGGAAGGAUCGGGCCUGCCCGUGGAGUCGUGCGGCGGAUGCGGAGGCGCGCGCUUCGUGCCGUGCGACGUCUGCUCCGGCAGCUGCAAGGUGUUCGUCGAGGACGAGGACGGCACGGGCGCCUUCAGGAGGUGCCCCGAGUGCAACGAGAACGGGCUACUCCGAUGUCCGAUUUGUUGAUCAAGAACAUACUAGCGUUAAUUAUCCGGAUUUUUUUUUUUUUGGUGUGCCUUUAAGAUUGUACAGAAAAAAACAAAAGCUGAAAUUUGCCGUCUGUCUUGGGAUUGCAAUGAGGACUGACACUGCUCCGGUUAUCCAUCGGUUUCGAUUUAUCAAGACACUUCUCUGUCGAUUAA